UUUCAUUGUUUCAUCAAAAGCCGGCCUGGAUGCACACUGUGUACCAGUUUGAAAUUGCGUCCUAACAUAGAAGUUCUGAGUUUAAUUAAUAAUAACUUGAUUUGACAAGCAUUAAUCGAAAACAAAUGAUUUUUUCGUUAAUUAGAGGGCAUAUAAAGAUAUAAAGUAUUAUUCGUCUUACUUAUCUGAAAGUUUCUUAAGUUUAUUCCUCGAAUUUUUUUUCGUUUAAAUUUUGAUCGUUUUAGUUUUUUACGUUUCAGUGGAGGAGAUAUCAAUAAAAAAAACCUAGAACAAUACCAAUUAAUAGAAAAGGAUAUGUUACAUACAUAAACUUGUUUACUAUAUCAUCUAAUUUCUUAUAUUGCCAAACAUUUGUCUCCACAUAUCACUACUGAUACCUUAAAUAGAGAAAUUAGACUGUAUCAAAGUGAACUUUAAUCUUUUUAACUCAUUACAUCCGUCGGUGUCUUCCAAGGGACAUUGAUGUGAUAGGUUUAUAAAAAGAAUGGAUCAUCAGUUCAAACGAAAAUUUUUUUUCUAAUUUAAGACGAUAAAUAAUCUAAUAUUUGAUUGAAAUAACAGGACAAAUUUUGCAUUUUAGUGCAGUGAGCAUUUCAGCUAAAGCUAUAAUAAAAGUGUUUUUUGGAUGCAAAAGAUUAACGUGUAUUUUUUCAGAAACCAAAAACUAAUUUUGAUAAUUUCUUGUGAUUUCUAUUCAGGUCAGACAAACGGACUUCGUCAGAAACAACAGCUUCCUCAGAAACUGCAACAGUAUCCGCUUCGUGCUCUAGUGAUAAUGUGUCUGGUCCCACAGCUCGUAUGAAUGCGUCAAUGGUAAUUAAACAAGGAAUACUUUAUUUAUACGGAGGAAUCAAAGAAUUAACUGAAAAGAAACAGAUUACUCUUGGUGAUUUUUAUUGUUUAAAUCUCCACAAAAUGGACGCAUGGAAAACUUUACAUGUAGAUUUAGAUCAACAAAAUGUACAUAUUUAUUCAGAUUCCGAAUCAAGUGGAGAUGAGGAGGAUGGUGAUAUGGAUAUAAAUGAUGACAGUGACAAUUCAUCUUCUUCUUCCAGUGAUGAUGAUUCUCUCGAAAUUGAAGCGCCCAAUCUGAAUCCAGAUGAGUCAUAUGAAGAUUAUUAUUCUCGUACACAUGAUUUUUGGUUAGCAGAAGCACAUAAAGAACUUAAAGAUGAAAAUGAUUCCGUGAGAAUGGAACAUUUAGCCAAACAAAUGGCAAAAUUAUUUUAUAGAUCAUAA